AAAAAGUUUAAAGAUGACACGCAAAACGAAAUUGCUCCCCCUUCGGCUCCGCUGAGUUGUCCGAGGGUUCAUUUCAAAUCAAUCCUCCUCAUUUUUCAACAAAAAUUAACUCCACAAGUGAAAGCAACAGAAAAGCAAAGGAAAAAGGUUAUAUUAGUUCUCCCGUGAUCAGUAAAGUGAGGAAAUGGCGAGCGGUGGAUACGGCGACGCCGGUCAGAAAGUAGCCUACGUCUUCAAGGUGGUGCUGAUCGGCGACUCCGCCGUCGGCAAGUCCCAGUUACUGUCCCGCUUCGCGCGCGACGAGUUCAGCCUGGAUUCGAAAUCCACCAUCGGUGUCGAAUUCCAAACGCGCACGCUCCUCAUCCAGCACAAGUCCGUCAAGGCUCAGAUCUGGGACACCGCCGGCCAGGAAAGGUACAGGGCUGUGACGAGUGCGUACUACAGGGGUGCUGUGGGGGCCAUGCUGGUUUACGACAUAACCAAACGGCAGACGUUCGAGCACAUUCCUCGCUGGCUGGAAGAGCUUCGUUCCCAUGCGGACAAGAACAUUGUAAUUAUCCUGGUCGGCAACAAAUCCGACCUUGGGGACCAACGGGCGGUCCCCACAGAGGACGCCAAGGAGUUUGCUCAGAAAGAGGGUCUCUUCUUCCUCGAGACCUCGGCCAUGGAGGCCAUGAAUGUGGAGGAAGCAUUUCUUACAGUGCUGACCGAGAUUUUCAACAUUGUGAACAAGAAAAGCCUUGCUGCUGCUAGUGAGGGUGAGGGUAAUAAUGGUAAUCCAGCUUCUUUAGCUGGCAAGAAAAUUUUGAUCCCGGGUCCCGGUCAGGUGAUCCCGGAGAAGAAAAUGUGUUGUAGUUCGUCCUGA